AUGUCGUCCUCGGGGGCGCGCUCUGGCGAGCGGAUGGUGCAUCAAGACUUCAUCGCGCGAAUUCGCUUCUCCAACGCCCUGCCUCCGCCACCCAAUCCACCCAAACUCCUCGACAUCCCAAACAUGGGCCUUGCAAGUGGACAGUACACGACUCCUGGAUUCGCUUCGCGGCUAGCCAGAGAGCAGCCGCUGAAUAUCGAGGCUGAUGCUGAGCUGGGCAUGCCCUUGGACUUGGUGGGCAUGCCCGGUGUGUUUGACGGUGACGAACGAUCUAUCCAAGCUCCCGCACAAGCUCCUGCCGUCCAUCCUCACGACAGGCCGUUGCUGAGACCAAUCGCGGCCCUCGGCAAGCCCAAGGUUGCCGAAGCAAACGUGUCCUUCCUCCGCCGAACAGAAUACAUCUCGUCAUCGACGCCAAAGAGACACGAGGGGGGUAAUCCGCGCGCUCUGCUCGCCAAGGCGCGGAAGCCCCAGCGACAGGCUCCCGAAGCUGCCGCCGACUCGCCCCAAGCCAUCAAACGCAAGAUUGAACGCGGCUUCGACGUUGCCCAGCAAGACCUCCGGGAUCCCAAGCGAGUCAAGCACCCUACCAAGAAGCACCUCAAGGUCGUGGAGGCCAUCCCCCUCAUGCCCGACCUGCACGCGUUCCCCGAUUCUGGCGCCUACGUCACGGUCAAGUUCCAGACCAACCCCGUCAGCAAGUCAAACAAGUACGACGCACGCCUCCUCUGCGGCCUGCUGCGGCCGAUAGAGCGCACCGCGGCCGAGGACGCAGCCUACGAGGCCGCCCUCGAGGCGCACGAGCUCGAUCCCGUCCACAACCCCAAGCCCCAGAACCUCAUGAAUUACGACUUCUACCUCGGACAGAGCGGCUCGGUGGCGGAGAACUUCCGCCGCAAGUUCGACGUCGACGACCCUGACCACGACGGCGACGAGUUGUACACGCAUCAGGGGGAGACCGGCGGCUACUUCCAGUUCAACAGGGUUCGAGCCUACGAGACGUCCCACGAGACCGAGCUCGACCACCCCACCAAGUACGAGGACGAGGUGAUACUGGCAUACAACGACGAGGAUGCCUAUCCCAAACAGAAUGCCAUGUACUACUAUCCCGUCAUGCAAAAGUCAACCAUCCGCCCCCAGCGAACCAAGAACAUUGCCCGCACAAUCGGUAUUUCCCAGGAGGAGGAGCAGAUCGUCGACCAGCUGGAUAUCACCGUCGAAGACCCUACCGAGGAAAUGCUCGACGCUAUGAGGAAGUACAAGGACCACCCUCUAGGGUGGGAGCAAGAGGCGGACGAGGCGGAAGAGCCCGCGCGGGACCAAGCCGCCGGCGAAGCAGACGGGGAAGACGCAGGGGCAAAUGGUAACGACGGGUCCGAGAGGCGCUCGCCUUCUGAGGACAGAGAUGCGGAAGCCGACGGGGACGAGGACUAG